AUGUCGGAGCUUCAGGUGAUUGGCAACGAGUACCCCGUGACAUCUCCGACCUUUGGGCCGUCGGGGGACCUCUUUGCCGUGUCAUCAUCUGGCGACAUCUUCCGCUACAGCAGCAUCGAGGGCUACGACAAUGAGUGCCGAGCCGAGUAA